AUGGUGCAGUCUCCCAUGAUAUCGUGUCCUCUCAAGCAAACGGCCGAGAUAGACUGGAUCGCUCCGCUCAAGGGAUAUAUCAGGCAGACCUACGGUGAUGACCCGGAUCGGUACUCGGAGGAGUGCGCGACUUUGAACAGGCUGCGGCAGGACAUGAGAGGCGCCGGCAAGGACAGCGCUUCUGGGAGAGACCUGCUCUACCGGUACUACGGGCAGCUAGAGCUGCUGGAUCUCCGUUUUCCCGUUGACGAGAAUCAUAUCAAGAUAUCUUUUACCUGGUACGAUGCCUUCACACACAAGGCAACCUCGCAGUACUCCCUGGCCUACGAGAAGGCCUCCAUCAUAUUCAACAUCUCCGCCGUCCUAUCCUGCCAUGCUGCCAACCAAAACCGUGCCGAGGACACUGGGCUCAAGACCGCAUACCACUCAUUCCAGGCCUCUGCUGGCAUGUUCACCUACAUCAAUGACAACUUCCUGCAUGCUCCUUCGACCGAUUUGAGCCGGGAUACGGUUAAGACGAUGAUAUCCAUCACCCUUGCUCAGGCACAGGAAGUAUUUUUAGAGAAACAGAUCGCUGACGGGAAGAAGCCGGGCUUCCUAGCCAAACUAGCCAGCCAUGCUGCUCAUCUGUUCACCCAGGCUGCCGAAGGUGUGCAGGAAAACGUUACCAAAGGCAUAUUUGAGAAAGUAUGGUGGAUUUUGACUUCUGCAAAGGCGUCACAUAUGUCCUCCCUAGCUUGCUACUACCAGGCCAUGGCUGACGAGGAGGGUGGAAUGCAUGGAGUGGCCAUUGCAAGGCUACAGAUAGCUGAGAAGGCUUCAACGGCCGCAAUCAACAUGGCAAAGUCGUUCCCGUCAUCCGUACCCUCUGGCUCUAAUCUUACGUCUGAAAACGGAAUGGUGCUGUUGGACAUGGUACGACGGCAGCUGGCUACCGUUCAGGAAAAACUGCCUUCAAUGAGGAAAGAUAACGAUUUCAUCUAUCACCAGCAAGUUCCAGCGGAGGCAUCAGUCUCCCCUGUUGCGAAGCUCCCCGCUGCAAAGGCUAUACCCGUUAGUGAACUGUACCAAGGCCAGGAUAUCCAGCGGAUAAUUGGACCGGACAUAUUCCAACGAAUAGUUCCAAUGUCUGUUACCGAGUCCGCAAGUUUGUACGACGAAGAGAAGGCUAAGCUUGUCCGGGCCGAGACAGAAAAGGUUGAAGCAGCCAACGGAGAAAUGGCUGCCAGUCUAGACUACUUGAAACUACCUGGUAGCUUAAAUAUACUCAAGGGGGGGCUGGACGACCAGUUGACUGCGGAUGAAGAGUUCAGAACUUGGUGUGAAGAAGUCUCUUGUCAAGAGCCGUUCAGAGGUACUCUUGAGGAUCUACAGGAUGAUAAGUCCUCGUUGCUUUCCACUCUGGAGCAGUGUACCAAACAGCUAGACACCGAGGAGAGCGUGUGCGAGAAAAUGCGCUCCAAAUACGGCGCGGACUGGACGCAGCAGCCAAGUUCGCGCCUUACAUCGACCCUGCGAUCAGAUAUUAGAAGCUACCGUGAGACCAUUGAUGAAGCCAGUUCGAGUGACUCCCAGCUCCUGGUUACUCUGCGGCAACAUGAGUCCGACUUUGAGGAAAUGCGUGCAGCUGGAGAGGCCGGUGAGGCAGACAUUCUCUUCCAGAAGGCGCUCAUUGCAGCUGGCUCGAAGCCAGGGAAAAAUGGAGCCACCCCAGGAAGCCCGUAUAGCAACAGAGCACCAGAGGGAAACCUUUUGGAGGCAGAUUAUGGGGAAGGAGGCUUAUCUGUCGCAGAACAGAUUGCAAAAGUUGAAGAACUGCUUCGGAAAUUGAACCUCGUCAAGAGGGACAGGAUGCAGACUUUGAAGGAUCUGAAAGAGAAGCAUCAACAGGUUCACAAUGACGAUAUCUCCAAUGUUCUUAUUCUCAACAAGAAGGCAAUCGCAAACCAAGAAGACCAGCUCUUCCAAACAGAGUUGGAAAAGUUCAGACCUCAUCAAAACCGGCUGCUCCAGGCAAAUCACAAACAAAGUGGCCUUAUGAAGGAGCUAGCCAAGGUAUACGGAGAUCUGUUACAGGACAAGCGGGUGAGGGCGGAGAAGUCAAAGUACGAAGUCCUCACCAAGCAGCGCAACACGGUUAUAUCCAAGUACAGAAAAGCCCAUAAAGCGUUUAACGAACUUCUCAACGGCUUAAGCCAGGCACAAGCAUUCUACAUGCAGAUGCGGGACACAAUCGACAACCUGCAGCAGAACGUCGAGACCUUCCUCAACAACCGGCGGUCCGAGGGAGCCCAGCUGCUCAGCCAAAUCGAGCGGGAUAAAGCUGCCCAAGCAUCGGGCCAUGAAGAACGUGAACGAGACAAGCUGAAGAACCUGAUGGAGCGGCUGUCAGUCGACCCAGCGUCUUCGUCAUCUACUCCACCACCUCCUGCACCCAAACGGGCAACUAACACAGCGAAAUCACCUACCCACUCUGGCCUGCCACCACAGCAACCUCCAACCCGAUCCCCUAUCACUGCCCAAUAUCCCCCCUCCACUUCAACCGGUUACCCACCCGUUGCCUACCCAAGCGGCAAUGGUAUCUCACCCACCGAAGGCUACGGCUCCCAACAGCCGUACACCCAGCACAUGAACCCAGAAGCAUACAACCCGAUGGCCUACCUAUAUCAACAACCACCGACUUCACCUCCUCCGCUGCAACAGUAUUAUGCCAGCCCACCCUCGUAUGGUGGCUAUCCAGGUUCACCACCCAUACCUCAACCCCAGAUCCCACCAAGCCAUACCCCUCAAUAUCUACCGCAGGGCUACGUGCCUCCGCCGCCGCCACCACGCCACUCCCCAGUACAAUAUAACUCACCUGGCCAGGGGCAAGGGGGCUAUCAGCAACCCACCAGUAACUAUCCUCCCAGCCAGCCAUCCCAUCGCGCAAACCAGCCUUCCCAGUCCCAAAAUCAAAAUGAUCCGUGGGCAGGACUGAAUGCAUGGAAGUAA